CAACAUAUCUUGAAAUCAUAGUUACUUUAAUAAUAACCUUACCCGUAGGAAGUGCGUUAGUUUUAAUAUUUUUUAAAACUUAAAUUGCUUUCCGCGUAGUUGCAGCUAUAUUGCUAGCAAGAGUUUUCGUGGCACGUCGCGUCACCGACAUAUUCAGAGCCAUACAUAAGGAACCACAGCUCAUAAUUCAUACAUAUCAAAAUGGAAAACAGUGAAAAGAACCUAGAGCUAGAGAGUGAGGCUGACUCUUACUUGUCACGUCCAGCAAUUGACGACAUAAACAGUAUACACUCAGAAGAAGCCCAGAUUUCUAAAACUGAACUUCCUCCUACACCUUCACGAGAUAAUUCUGAACUUAAGCCAACUACUCCAAAUGCUUCACAGGACAGUUCUGACUUACCAUCGUUAUCAAACAUAGAAAAACAUACUACAAAUACCCAAUUAAACCCACCCAACCCAAGAAAGCGUGCUAGGGAAGCAAAAUCCGUUUUAUUAAAGCCUUUUAAAAGCCCUCUUAAGUACCCUGCUACACCGAAAACAACCCCUGGAACCUGUAAAGUUGCUAAUUAUGCAUCUGACGAAUUGAAAUCUUCUGAUGAUGUUUUAUCUGAUCCCAUUUCAUCUCCUUCUCGUCCUUCCCCAAGAGUAAUUAAGCGAGCAAAGAAGGUAUUUCGGUCACCAAUAUCUGCAACGAAUAAAGUACAAAACGAUCCAGAAGUUGCUCGUCUUCUCUCGGAGCGUCUAAAACUCGAAAAGGACGUACGCAACCUUCAAGAGCAGUUGACAACUGCUGAAGCCGCAGUAAAAGUUGAAUUAAAAAAUGAAGAUAAAGAUUUGGAGGGUUUGGUAUUUAAAUGGAGAGGAGUAGCCCAAAGAGCAGCACAAGUUCUGUAUCGACCUAUGGCGGAGCGUAUCCGUUUAGCUGGUGGAGUUACUCAAACAUAUACGAUUCAAGAAGGUGAAAAUAAAGGAAAUAUAGAAGAAACCCGAUCUGAGUUUUCAAUGGGUAUGUUUUUACAACAAUUUGGCGUACCUUUUGACUUAAUCGCUUACGAUGAAGAGUUUGAAGAUUGGAAGGGUUAAAUUGAUGUGUAAAAAGUACUUCUGUAUAUAUAUAUUGUUUAUGAUACUGAUGAUUGUCUGUUUAUUACGAAAAGCUAUUAGCCUUAUUUUAUAAACUUCAAAUACCCAACUAAUGUCCUAUGCAGUUAUUAAAAUUAAUUUAAGGCACUUACGUUUCGUUUUCUUCUAAAAAUAUUAUUUAUUUUAAAUACUAAUAAAUAAUCUUGAAAUAAUAGUCUGUAUAACAAAACUGG